CUUGUCGACGUAAGAUUUCAAGCACCUCAAGAUGACCACCCCAAGCUCGUUUGACGGGCCUACGAUUGCUCUUGUGCUGACGAUAAGCACGGUCGCGGUCUUUCACGUGACGUACAAGAUCCUGGCUGCGCCCAAGCGGGCCCCGUCCCGAGAAAACGUCAUGGACCUCGUGCCCAUCCAAGCGCCACGGUUAACCGGGUUGGCACUCACCCUCUUUUCGAAAGUCACUUCGAUCCCGAUCGUGGGGAAGCUGGUUCUUCAAUCCAUUAAGAACGACAACAACUUCCAACAUGUCCGCGAGUUUGCUGCCACGUUGACCCACGUUUUGCCGCUCUAUUUGCCCAUGGCGCCGCCGCCGGCAGAAGUGCUGGUAGAACACACCGAGUUAGCGUCAUCAUUUAGCAUCGAAGCUCUGGCGGACACACCCAUUGACGUCAAGAACGGCUCCUUCUGUCGAUGGACUAUCCACGACUACACCAGUCGGUACAAGGCACAAACAGUCACGCCGUCCCAAGUGAUUGCCGCUGUCCUCGAUGCCAUCGACGCUUCGAACGCCUUGUCGCCACCGCUCCUGGCCUUCAUCAAGGUCAAUCGAGAGGCUGUGAUUGAAGAAGCUGCCGCUUCCACGCAACGCUAUGCGAGCGGAAUUCCCAUCGGGGUAUUGGAUGGUGUCCCAGUCGCCGUAAAAGACGAGUUAAAUGUUGACGGCUAUACGACGUCGUUUGGCACAUCCUUCAUGGAUGAUCUUGCCACCGAAGACGACACCCCGAUAGCCCGACUUCGCCAAGCCGGCGCGAUUUUCGUCGGAAAGACCAACAUGCACGAAAUUGGCCUCGGGACGUUCGGCAUCAACAUUGCUUCUGGCACUCCUCGCAAUCCGUACAACGACCAACACAUGACUGGCGGUUCCUCGAGCGGCUCGGCGGCGGCCGUCGCAGCGGGACUCGUGCCUCUCGCGAUUGGGUGCGAUGGCGGGGGCUCGAUUCGGAUUCCUGCGGGUCUGUGCGGGGUGGUGGGCAUCAAGGCGACCUACAUGCGCGUGCCGUUCCAUUUCCAAGGCGGCCCGAGUGUGGCCAACGUGGGUCCGCUGGCCGCGACGGUGCAAGACGCAGCCCUGGCGUACGCGGUGCUCAGCGGGGCCGACCCGGAUCUACCGCUGAGUCUGACGCAGCCCCCGCCGUUUGUGCUGCCUCCGUCCCCCUCACCCAAGUCCUUGGCGGGUCUCCGCGUCGGGGUCUUUCCGGCUUACGUGGACGGGUCGGCCCCGGAGAUUGCGUCAGCGUUUUGGGACACGGUGGCGUUUUUGAAAGAGCAGGGCGCGACGGUGGUCGACGUCGAGAUCCCGCACCUGCAAGCGAUCCACAUGAGCCAUUCGAUCACCAUCUUGACUGAAAUUUCGCUGUUGAUGGAGACCCAACCACGGCACUUGUUCAGCGCGGAUGUUCAAAUUGGUCUCGCCAUCGGUCGCGAAACGUUGGAUUCGUUGGACUUUUUGGCGGCGCAAAAAGUGCGCGCGUUCGCGGCGGAAGCCAUCGACUUGGUGUUUGACCAAGUGGACGUGUUUGCCACCCCCACGACCGCAACAUUGGCCCCUCGCCUGGAAAACGACGUGUUCAGCGCUGGCUUGUCCGAAUUGUCGCUCACGACGGCGUUGAUGCGGUAUAUUAUCUUGGGCAACAUGGUUGGUAUUCCUGGCAUCUCCGUUCCUGUCGCGUACGCUUCGGGGUCCAACUUGCCCAUUUCAAUGCAAUUUCAAGCAAAUCAUUGGCACGAGCACAUCUUGUUCGACGUGGCGUCGCACGUGGAAGCCCAUGCCGUUGCAAAACGACCGACCAUCUACUAUUCGAUCCUCGAAUCGUUGGCGUGAUCCACUCGAGCGGUGUCGAGGCAUGGACCCACUGGGCCACGUACGUUCUGUGCAAGUUCCUCCCUUCUACCGCUGUUUAAAUGGCUUGUUGGAGUGCUUUUGGCGGAUUAAUGGAUACCCCAACAUGCCAAAGCGUUCUCGUCAUCAUCUGAAUCAGUCAGAAGGAGUGGGA